UUAUCAAGAAAGUAGCCCGUGAUAAAUAUUUCACAUUGAAAGUAAGCCGUCAGCAAGAGCACGUCAGUUGUAAAAAUAAAAAUGAUAGAAGCAAUGGAACCUAUUAAGCACUUGGCACUGGAAACCUAUAACAUAACGCUCAAUCGGGAGUUGUUUAUCAACCAAUGGGCUCAAGAACGCUUGGCUUUCGGGGAACCUUUGUGGCUUUUCCUCAGCGAUCGUCUGGAGCCCAACAACAUCUUUAACUUUUUCAUACCGCUGAGCGGCAUCUUCAGUCAGGAGAUGCUCUUACAUCUCCUGUCGGUGCUUACCCUGGCCAGCACACUAAACUCAUUCGAAAAGUGGAUCUAUCCGGAGAUACGACCCCUGUGGUUUCUUCGCGAGCAGUUUGCCAAUAAUAAAUUGACCGUUAAGCCGACUGUGGCUCUGCAGAGUUACCAACUUAGCUGCGAGACGAGUGGCGGACUGCCAUGUGCCCACUCGAUGAUCUUCACCGUGUUCGUCCUCAUCCUGGCCGCGCACAUCUUCAUCUACCUCUGGGAUCGCUUCGUAGCCUGGCAUUCGCCCUGGUACCGCUGCGUCAUGUAUCCAGCGAUUAUCGGCUUGGUGGUUUCCAUGUGGCUCAGUCGUCUCUACCUGGCCACCGAGUUCCUUCACCAGUGCAUUCUGGGUAGUUACUUCGGGUUCAGGGCUGUCAACGCCUUCGAGGUAAACAUCAAGUACUUAUUCUCCCGACCACGUGCCUAUGCAGUUCCCGCUGUUUGCUUUUUGGGAGCUUUUGCAGGGUCGGUUUACUUUAUAAAGCUGCAUUUUGAUAUGGAUCCCCAUUGGUCCGUGCGUCAGGCCUUCAAAUGGUGCCCAGAGCCCACAUAUAUGCGCCACGAAGCUAGUCCCAUUUUUGCACUUGUCCGAGACCUGGGAAAUCUUAUGGGUCUAGCGCUUGCAUCGCCCCUAUUUGACCUGGAAGCCAAAGAAUCAACAUUUUGGCGACGUUGCCGAGUCCUGGGAACUUUAGAGUUUGUCAAUUAUGGAUUGCGCGUAGCCACGGUAAAGCAGUAUGGCCGCUUGGCUUUCUUGAGCUAUGAAUUCUCAAGAAAUGUCUUUCAUUCUCUGGCACUAGUGAAGUACGUCCCAAAUUUCUACUAGAGUAAACAAAAUUUUGCAAUUUUGUACUGAUAAAAACAUAAGAUAAGGCAGCUUAAUAAAUGAGAUCAUUGGUCCAUAAAUUGGAGUUACGAUUUUA